AUGUCUUCUGAUGAUGUUUUCAUGCUGGAACUCACAGUUGAUCCCUAUGAAAAUGAAUUCCUGUUUGAAUAUUUGCAGUCUAAAUACAGAGAAGCAAAAGCUAAUUAUAAAAACUCGAGGAUGAAUUCAGAUUGUCUAGAAAGAUAUAAAGAGGCGUUAAAGGAAUUUAAGGAAUACCUUGAGGGCAAAAAACAGCACAUCAAGUCGAAAUUCAAAGUCGCCUCGCUUGGAAGGCUACCCUCGACAGAAGUGCCGACUAGUAGGCGCGAGAGCGUUGUCCAUCAUGAGGAGAUCCAUAACCCAGGGAGUAGUGCUGUUGGUGAGAAAAGGAAGUGUCCCAACGACACAGCAGACUACAUUUACAUUCACUUGUCCUCUCCGCCAGCCAAACGAAUUCGUAAAUACAAAAGUCCUUGCAAAAGUUCUGGAAAGGAUAGUGAGCUCGAUGAUGGCUAA